AAAACCCUACAUUUUGUAAAAAUUCAUCAAAUUUACAGACUAAUCGCGAUAAAAUCCAUCAAUAAGUGUUUAAUUAAGGCAUAAAAGCUUUAAAUACAAUGAAUUAACAAUGAUUAAGAGUUCUAAUCACGAGCAAUUUGUGUAAUAAUCAGGAAAUUAAUAGAAUUUAAGGCAUAAAGUUUUUCUGGAUUAGAGAAAAAACAAAAAGAACAAAAAAAAAAAUUUAAAACAAGUGAAAGUAAAAGAUUUGCGACAAAGAAUAAUUAAUUGACUGAAUAAGCAGUACAACGGUUAAUAAAGAAUGUGAAAAUUUGAGAGAUAAAAGAAUCUGUAAUUUUAAAGUUUCGUUUAUGAUUUUCAAUAAAUAUUUGUGGUAGCUAUUAAUUGAUUUUUUUUGUUCCUGUCGUCGACACAACAAGAAUAUAGGCCAUACUAUUUGCGUUGGCUAUUCAUUAACUUAUAGGAUUUGAUUUGCUUCAUCCAACAUAAAUUAAGCAUAUAAAGAAUAUUAGAAAGCUUUCAUGAUGAAUCGACAACCACCACAGAAAAAGGAAGGAAAGAUGAGGAUUCGUGCAUUUCCUAUGACGAUGGAUGAAAAGUUUGUCGAAUCAAUUUGGUCAUUGCUCAAAAAUGCAAUUCAAGAGAUACAGAAAAAGAACAAUUCAGGAUUAUCAUUUGAGGAACUUUAUCGAAAUGCAUACACAAUGGUCCUUCAUAAGCACGGCGAGAGACUGUAUCAUGGAUUAAAGGAAGUCGUUACACAUCAUUUACAGCAAAAAGUCCGCGAGGAUGUGUUGAGAGCAUUAAAUAAUAAUUUCCUGCAAACAUUAAAUCAAGCAUGGACAGAUCAUCAAACAUCAAUGGUCAUGAUACGAGAUAUACUCAUGUAUAUGGAUCGCGUUUAUGUCCAACAAAAUGAUGUUGAUAAUGUUUAUAAUUUAGGUCUUAUAAUAUUUCGUGAUGAGAUAAUUAGCCAUGAAAGAAUUAGAAAUCAUUUACGCGAGACAUUAUUAUCGAUGAUUAUGAAUGAGCGUAAAGGUGAAGCAAUUGAGCAUCUUUUAAUUAAAAAUGCAUGUCAAAUGUUAAUGAUACUUGGAAUUAAUAGUCGUUGGGUAUAUGAGAAAGAUUUUGAGCGUCCAUUCCUGACUCAAUCAGCGGCAUUUUAUGCAAUGGAAUCACAAAAGUUUUUAUCAGAGAAUAGCGCAAGUGUAUAUAUAAAGCGUGUUGAAGCACGCAUUACAGAAGAAGCUGAACGUGCUAAAUUAUAUCUUGAUGAGAGUACCGAGCAACGGAUUGUUGAUGUUGUUCAAGAUGAGCUUAUUAAGAAGCAUAUGCGUACAAUUGUCGAGAUGGAGAAUUCAGGUGUUGUCUAUAUGCUGAGGAACACAAAAACUGACGAUUUAGCGUGCAUGUAUAAAUUAUUCUCUCGUGUUACGGACGGAAUUAAGACAAUAUCUGAAUGUGUUAGUCGAUAUCUUCGGGAGCAAGGAACGUCGUUAGUAAAGGAAGAAGAAGGUGGAACAAAUCCAAUUACUUUUGUUCAGAAUCUACUCGACUUGAAAGAUCGAUUCGAUCACUUCCUACAUCAUUCAUUUAACUAUGAGAAGACAUUUAAGCACAUGAUUUCAUCAGAUUUUGAAUAUUUCUUAAAUUUGAAUAAUAAAUCGCCAGAAUAUUUAUCGCUAUUUAUUGAUGAUAAGCUCAAGAAAGGAUGCAAAGGAAUGUCUGAGCAAGAAAUCGAAACAAUUUUGGACAAGACAAUGGUUCUGUUCCGUUAUUUGCUUGAAAAGGACGUAUUUGAGAGAUAUUACAAAGCACAUUUAGCCAAGAGAUUGCUGCUUAAUAAAUCCGUUAGUGACGAUUCCGAAAAGAAUAUGAUAUCAAAGUUAAAGACUGAAUGCGGAUGUCAAUUUACAUCAAAACUUGAGGGGAUGUUUAAGGACAUGCAAGUGUCAAAUACAAUUAUGGAAGAAUUUAAGAAUCAUGUGAGUUUACAAGGAAUGACACUAAGCGGCGUAGAUUUAAGUGUGCGAAUAUUAACAACUGGAUUUUGGCCAACACAAUCAUCGACGCCAAACUGCAAUAUUCCAAUAUCUCCAAGUCAAGCUUUUGACGCAUUUAAGCGAUUCUAUCUAGCAAAACACUCAGGACGACAGCUAACUCUACAGCCACAGCUUGGAACUGCAUUCAUUAACGCCGUAUUUUAUGGCACUAAACAAGAAACUGAUAAUGAAGCUGGAAGCAAUGGAAAGGAACUUGGAACAUGUACAAGUUCACAGUCGCUGCAUACAAGGAAACAUGUUCUUCAAGUUUCAACUUAUCAGAUGUGCGUAUUAAUGUUAUUCAAUAAUCGCGAGCGAAUGUCAUACGAGGAGAUUCAACAAGAGACAGACAUCCCCGAGAAGGAUCUUAUACGUGCAUUGCAGUCUCUUUCGAUGGGAAAAUUACAGCAACGAUUACUAAUGCGAACACCGAAAACGAAGGAAAUUGAACCAUCUAAUGAGUUCUAUGUGAAUGAUGGAUUUGUGUCAAAGUUCCACAAAGUUAAGAUUCAAACAGUCGCUGCAAAGGGUGAAACAGAGCCAGAGCGUCGAGAGACGAGAAAUAAGGUUGACGAAGAUCGUAAGCAUGAAAUUGAGGCAGCAAUUGUUAGAAUCAUGAAAUCACGCAAAAAGCUUGCGCACAACCUUUUGGUUUCUGAUGUCACUACCCAACUUCGUAGUCGCUUCCUGCCUUCACCAGUUAUCAUAAAGAAGCGAAUUGAAGGAUUAAUUGAACGAGAGUAUCUCGCACGAACACCAGAGGAUCGUAAAGUUUAUAUAUAUUUAGCUUAA